AUGCGAUGCGCGAGCAAGGCCGCCGAGAGCGCGUCCGCUCGUCUCUGUACGGACGCCGAAGCAGAAACCACAGCAACCGAUGUGUCAUCGGUUUCUAAAGCGUCUCAGCCUGUAUCACCUGGUGAUGCAGGCGCUGGUCAUGAAGACACUCGUGUCUUCACAGAGUACGAGCUCGGUGUCUCAUACUCUCCUGAUACGGAAGACGGAUCCGUAUCGACGGCGAUCGAAUCCAAGCCGCCUGCCAAGCGUGGCAUGGACGAUGCUUUGCGUCGCAGCAUCCUUGGUUCAUCUGAUUCAUCAGAUGAACCAUCGCCGAAGAGAAGGCGCUCGAGGUCGCGAGACUCGGGCGCUAAUAGUGGUGUCGGUUCUCCUAUUGUAACCACUUCGCAACGAGGUACCAGUCCUUCUGUCAGCACGUCGUAA